UAACGAUAAAGCCGUGAAAUUCUCAUAACCCAAAAUCACACACUUAAAAACUCAGUGAACCAGAGAGAGAGAGUGAGAGACUGUAUUCAUUUUUCUAGAGAGAGAAUGUAAAGAAGAAGAAGAAACUCAGAAAUUUCAAUGGUGGUUUUCUGAUUUCUGGAGAUUGAAGGAGGUUUUAGAGAGAGAAGGAGAGAGUUUAGGUGUUUUUAGAGAGAGAAAAUGACGACAACAGGGAUAACAAUCCAUGACCAGAACUUAGAGAAGCAAAUCGAGAAGCAUAUGGGAGGUUGUAUGGCUGGUUUCUUCAACCUCUUUGAUCGUAAUCAUCUUCUUUCUGGAAAACGCCUUUAUCCUAAACGUCUUCCUCCUUCUAUCUCUUCUACGGCUGGUGAUUCUGCAUCAGAAUCAAUCUCAAUCGUUGGAUCUCCUCCGCCAUUAUCGACGGAGUCUGAGAAGCCGAAGCAGAAACCUCAACCAGACGUUAAAUUACCAGCACCGGAAAGUGUACCGGCGACGCCAAACUCCACGACGGAGUCGGUAAAAUCAUCGCCAUGGAAGUUCAACCGAGAAGCUCCGAGGCUCUCGCUUGACAGUCGAGCAAUUACCGACGCCAAAGGCGGACUUCGACCGCGAGAGAUUCGAAUCAACACUGUCUCCACUUCCGCUUCCGCCGCCGAUGAUUCGAGAGAGAAUCAGCGUCAGUCUCCGAGCGUUAUUGCUCGGCUAAUGGGGCUCGAACAACUUCCGAGCUCCUCCGGUGAACCGCCGGAGAAGAAGGUCGAACUUCGUAGAUCAGCUUCUGAGUCUAGAUCGAGAGAUUAUCGGUUUUUUGAUACUCCGAGCUUUCUCUCUCCUGUAACAACCAAUAACGAAGUUAUAGGAGAGAGAAAAUCGGAUCAAAAACCUGGUAUCACUCGAAACCAGAACAACAAUGGCGGAAAAAUUAACAAUAUUCAGAAAGUAAAAAAUCAUAAUGUUAAUAAUUUUAAUAAUAAUAAUAACAAUAAUCAGAGGAGAUUAAUGGUGGAAAGGAGGAGUUAUUAUGAUACGGCGGAUUUUUUUCCGCCGGAACUUCCGGUAAAGCAACAACAGCAUCAGCAACAUCAAGCGGCGGUGUCGAUUUACGGCGAAAUCGGACGGCGGAUGAGAAUGAGAGGAACCGAUGAGCCAUUGAAGGAUCUAGAAACUCUUAAGCACAUUCUAGAAGCUCUCCAGCUCAAAGGCCUUCUACAUUCAUCAACUGCUACAACAACUAAUUCUCGCAACAACCGGAGAUUCUCAUCGGAGGAAGAAUCUCCGGUUGUUUUAAUGAGACCGGCGAGGUCUCCAGUGAAUAAUCGCCGGAGGAAUGUGAAUAAUGCGAAUAAUGCUUCCUCCGGCGAGAGUCCGAGGAGAGAGAGACCGGCGAGAAGUCCGAUGAGGUCGCCGGGGAGAAAUGAGAACCGAAGUUCGAGUCCUUCGGUUCGACGAAAAGGCGGUCCAUUAAGCGUCGAAACGCAGAGGAGAACCAAUGAAACCACGACGACAACGACAAUGACAACAUCAAGUAGCAGCAGAGUUUCGCAUCAUUCGCCUGUUCAUUCACCGAAGAUGACGCCUACAAGGCGGUCUGAUCAGACGGUGAAUCGGUCGCCUCGGAAUCGGCGAUCAACGGUCGAGAAUUGUCAGGGAGAUAGAAUCCUCAGUGGUCCUGCAUUUGCUGAGGAUGAAACAUCUACGACUAUUUCCGAAAGUAGCUUUAGCACUGCUUCACAUACCGACAAUGAGCGAUGGAGGGGAGAAGAGUAUAGAGAUGGACGGAAUUUACUUGAGAGGUGUGAUAAGCUAUUGCACAGCAUAGCUGAGAUUACUGCAAACUCGAACUCGAACUCGAGCUCGGCGGAGUUACAGCAGCCGAGUCCGGUAUCGGUGCUGGACUCAUCAUAUUACAAAGAGGAUGAGUCGUCACCGUCCCCUGUUAAAAAACGAACCAUUGAUUUCAAAGAUCAAGUAGUUAUGGAAUUGGAAGAUGAACUAUUGUGGAGCCCAUCUUCUAUAAUCCAAUUAUCUAAGCUUGAUCAUGACAUUGAUUCAUCAGACUACUCAGAAUUCAGCUAUGUUUCAGAGGUACUCAGAGCAUCAAAUUACCUACCAGACGACAACACUAACGUAUUUCUGUUACUAGAGAAGCAAAGUUCGAUUAGAGGCAAUAAAGACAAGUCCAAGGCUUCUAUUCUUCAAAGGAAGCUCAUUUUCGAUACCAUCACGGAAAUCCUCGAUCGAAACAGACAACUCCCUCCUUGGAAAUUGAUUUCAAUCUCAAAUUCAGCCUACGGGAGAUCAGCAUUGGAGCAAAUUUGGUCGGAAUUCCAAAAAAUACGCGAGCAAGGUCCAUCAGAGGAUCUCUUCGAGGUCAUAUGUGGGGUGCUAAAGAAGGAUUUAGCUGAGGACUCAGUAAACGGAUGGGCUGAUAGUCCGGUGGAGAUGUCUGAGGCGGUGCUUGACAUCGAACGGAUGAUAUUCAAGGAUCUAAUCGGCGAAACCAUCCGAGAUCUCGCUACCUUUGCUGGUAAAAGUAUGGAACUACAAGCACCUUGUAGGAAGUUAGUUUUCUAAAAGCGCGGGAAAAGAGACAAAAUUAGAAAAUUUGCAAAGAGUGGAGAUAGAGAGCAGCUUUUGGCGCGCUUUUUCUGUUUAGCGUUUUUAUAAUUUUUAUUAUUUUUAAUAUCCACCAUCAAAAGGGCCCCCUCCACUUAUUGGUUAGUUUAUUAUUAUUAGGAGUAAAUUUUAAUUUUAAUUUUUUAACUUAAUUUCUAAGGUUUCAUCAACCAUGGUUUUUUGUGGUAAUAUUAUGGAAUUGUGGACUUAGAUUUGAGAAUGUAGGCUCAGCUGAAACCCAGGCAAAUCUAACGGUCACUUUUUUCUUUUCUUUUUCUUUUUCAAUUUUAGUUUUUCUUUUAGUGAAAAAGAUGUAAAGUAAUUAGGAUAUUCAUAAGUAAAAAUAAUUAUAAAGGAAGUGUCAUGUGAAGAGCAUGUGGGUGAGCUGAAAAGGGCAGAAGAAGGGUUAUAUGAAAAAAAUAAAAAGAGAAAAAACAAGGGUGGGGUCCAAUUAGGAUUAAUGUUUUGUGAUUAAUAAUUAAAAAAGGGGGAAAUCCAUGUGUUUUUUGUCUCUAAGUAAGAAAGAUUUGUAAUGAUGAGUAGUAGUUGUAUUUUUAAUUUGUAAUUUGUGUUAGUGUUGGUUGUGAUAAAAGAUUAUGGAAAUGACAGAGUGAGGUUGAAGAUUA